GCUGCCGCUACUUCACGCACCAGCAACGCAUUUCCCCCCUCCCCCGCCCUCUUCCUCCGCAGCCCCAGGUUACGGGCUGCGCCCAGCCGCCAGCAGCCGGCCCAGAACGCGGAGGGUGGAGCCGCGCAGCCAGCGCCUCCUCCCGCCUCUCCUCCCCCAACGUGCGCGGCCGCGGCGCUACGCGAGCACGGGGAUCCAGCGCGGCCUACGGGCAGCGCCGGGGCCGCCAUGGCCGGGGAGGUGAAAACGAAGCUGUCCAAGAAUUUGCUGCGCAUGAAGCAGUUGCCUCUGCAAGUGUGGAUAAGAUGGAUCAUUGCAAUUCAAUAUGCACUCAAAGGUGGCGUGUGGUCAGUGGUCAGAUCUUUUCACGGAGAUGUGCUCACCUCUUGAUGUCAAAAGAUGGCUCCUGCUUUUAGCAUAAUAGAGUCAUAUGAUUUCUCUGCUAAUGUUCAAGAGACAGACGAGCCCCAGUGGUGUUAUCUGUCAGCCUGCAAGCUUAGCUAAACAUGGAAAUGAUGCUGCUUAUAUGAGAGAGUUCAUGCAAAGGGGUUUGGACUCACAAACUAAAAAGCAACUCGAUGAAGAGGAAAAGAAGAUAAUUAGUGACGAACACUGGUAUCUUGAUUUACCAGACCUAAAGGAGAAAGAGAGCUAUAUAAUAGAAGAGAGGAGCUUUAUGCCAUGUGAGGAUCUACUUUAUGGUAGAAUGUCCUUCAAAGGAUUCAAUCCGGAAAUUGAGAAAUUAAUGGUCCAAAUGAACUCUAAGAGCAAGAAAGAAGAAAUUGAAGAGGAUGAUAAAAUGGAGGCUGAUGUGUCUGAUGAAGAAAUGGCCAGAAGAUAUGAAACACUAGUGGGAACAAUAGGGAAGAAAUUCUUGAAAAAAAGAGACCAGCGUGUUCUCCAUGAUGAAGAUGAGGAAGAGAACAGUAAUACAAGACCUAAGAAAGCUAGGAAAAUGUUCUUAAAACCUCAGGAUUAAUGUCAGCUGCACAACUGGAGCUAAUAGAAAUGUUGUCUACCAAAUAUAGCAAAAAUGGCACCGAGAACUGAAGACUGUUUGGAGUUUUUGCUAUUUUAUGUGAAAGACAGAAUUGUAAAUCUGAGUCCAUCCUUGUUGAAAUGCCUGCUGUCCACGUAACAAGCCUAUUCUGAAGUGGAUGUGUAUGUAAUGGAUGUCAUACAUCCUUUCCUCUCUAAGCAGCUUUUAACAUGUGGGAUAUUAAACCCAUCAGCUGUUUUUAACGUUGUGCAUAACUAGGAUGAGUGUCAACGUGCAAUCAAUAGCAACAGUAUUUAUAUUUUACGAUAACAUCUAAAAUAAGUAUUUGCAGUAAAGAUGAGCUUUGCUCAAUUCAAUCCAGUGAGACAGUUCAGUUUUUGCUGCUAUUUUUAUUAUGAAAAUGAAAACCUUUGCUCUCUUCAAUUCAA